GUCGACUUAUUUGAAUUGUGUGUUUGUUGAAGCAUUGCAUUUUGUGUGUGCUGGGAUUUUAGUUACAUUUAUAGUUUGUUUUCAAGCUUCAAGCCUUUUUUUGUCACAUAUAUAUUACAUCAGAGGUAAAUUGUUUAUUUCACAUACUCCAGCUUGUUAGGAAGUCAGGGUCAGAGGUCAGGGUCAGCCAUGAUACAGGGCAGUGGCUGGUCAAGUGGUUAAGGCUCUGGGUUGUUUUUUUGGAAGAUCGGGGUUCAAGCCCCAGCACCGCCAAGCUGUCAUCAUUUGGGCAUUGAGCAAGGCCCUUAACCCUCCCUGCUCCAGGGGCUCCAUGGCUGACCCUGCACUCUGAGCCCAACUCUCCAAGGAUGGGAUAUGCAAAGAAAGAAUUUUACUGUGCAGUAAUGUAUAUGUUACAAAUACAGGUAAUUUAACUUCAAUUAUACAGUCCUCUGGAGUAGAGAGGGUUAUGGGCAGUGCUCAGGGGACAGACUGUGGCAGCUCGGUGGCGUUGGAAUGUGAAACUCUGAGCUACUGAACAGUAACCCAGAGACUUAACAACUGAGUCACUAUUAGUCAGUGACUUGGACAUCUAGGGGAAGUUCAUUCCACCACCUCGGUGCCAGAACAGAGACUUCCGUGGGUUAACUCUGCAUAGAGUUUUCUUCAUGUCAGCUGUGCAAAGACAGAGCACUUGGUCGUUAGGAGGAGGGAUGGUCUUCCUCGCUCUUACGUUGUUCUGUGCCUCGAACCGAGCCUAGAAGUCGUUCAGCGUGUCUGGGAGAGAGGCGUCACUGUCACAGGGAGGUGAUGUGGUCUUGUAGGUUGUGAUCGCCUGAAUGCCCUGCCAAAUGCACCGGGAGUCUCCGCUGUCCUGAAAGUGGAUUCUCUGGGCGUGUGCGUGCCUCGCCUCUCUGAUGGCUCAGGACAGUUUGGCCCUUGCUGUUUUUAAGGCCAUCUUGUCCCUUGCUCUGAAGGCGGAGUCUCUCAACUUCCAGAGAGCAUGCACUUUUGCAGUCAUCCAUGGCUUCUGGUUGGACCGUCACGUCAUCGAUGCACUUCCCGAUGUAGCCGGUCACUGAUGCCGUGUAUUCCUCCAAGUUGGUAGAGUCGCCGUUGGUUGCAGCCUCCCUGAACAUGUCCCAGUCAGUGCACUCAAAACAGUCCUGAAGAGCAGAGAUGGCUCCUGCUGGCCAGGUUUUAACCUGUUUCCGAACCGGUUUAGUGCGUCUGACCAGUGGUCUGUAUGCUGGAAUCAACAUCACAGAGAUGUGGUCUGAGUAGCCGAGGUGGGGGCGGGGCUCCGCAUGAUAUGAAAAAACUUUUCCUACUUGCAGAUUAUUUAUAUGCUUCACUAUUUUCUGGAGGUCUUGUGUUUGCAGGUUGUCCAUCGCAGAUUCUGUUUAUCGUGAACAAUCUCGAGAGCAAGUGGUUGAGUGUUUGCUUUGAGUUCUGCUUGUUUGUUAGUGUUUAAAAAGACAAUCUUUAAACACUCUUUAAAAUCUUUUAAACUUUUAUUGUUGUUUUGAGAUGUAAUAUCUAAUUUCACCAACAGGUAUCAGAGUGCACCAGGGACAGGGUGGAGUUUAUAUCAGUGAUGUCUUUUUUAUUUUUUAUUUUUAUUCAUCCAACCCAAAGAAAGUAAAGAAUGUGGCAAGUGCACAGCGCUAUCUCUUAAAUCAGCUAAGAAGUCUGCUUCCUGUUGCAUAACCGUACCACUAAAUCACCACACGGUCAAGUAAGCUGUCCUUAAGUGGCACUUUUAAAUGAUUUUAAUAGCAGUGGGCUGUAGGAAGCAGGAGUGUGUUCAAUGAUUCAUUCAUUUCUUUAUUUUUUAAAUGUUAGAGGCAUGAAAUUGGGGCGUGUUUGAGUGAGGAAAAAAAAUGCAGACAGGCAGCUGAACCGGUUUGUCUAGGAUCAGGAACUACAGACACUGGUUUAGGUGUGUGUGAGUGUGUGUGUGGGUUGGUGUGGAUCCUUUAAAGACACUUGUCGUAUAAGAGCUGAGAGCGCUGCACCACCCUGCUGAGAGAACACAUAUCAUAAAGUUGACCUUUGGAGCUGCACUCGACCUUCAGCUUAGAGCUUUUUUGCAUUCGGAUUCUUCCUGAGUGAGAAGACCAGGCUAUGGAUUGGGGCACAGCACUCUGGGACCAGCAUGAUGCAAUUGAGAAACACACACAGUCGGGUCUGGACCUCAUCGACCGCUACGUGAAGUUUGUUAAAGAGAGAGUGGAGAUCGAGCAGAACUACGCCAAACAGCUCAAAGGUCUUUAUAAAAGACAUUCCAGACGAGGCAGCAGAGAAGACCAGGAGAUGAAGUUCUCCAAUCAGCAGGCGUUUCAGGAGCUGCUGUCUGAGCUGAGCGAGUGCGCGACACAGCGGGAGAGCAUGGCCGAGAACAUGAGCCAGAACAUCUGCAUAGAGCUCACCAAGUACCUGCAGGAGCUCAAACUGGAGAGGAAGAGUUAUCUGAAUGAGGUGAAGAAAAUCCAACAGAACCUGGAGACCAGCUACAAACAUCUCGAGGCUAGUAAGAAGCGCUUUGAAAAGGAGUGGAAGGAAGCAGAGAAGGCCAAUCUGCAAGCAGAGAAGACAGAACAAGACCCCACCUCCACCAAGGCAGAUGUAGACAAGGCCCGAAUUAACGCUCGUCAGCAUCUGGACCAGUCUGAUGAGUGUAAGAAUGAUUAUGCCUCACAGCUGCAGAAAUACAACAAUGAGCAGAACCGAGUUUACCACACAGAGAUUCCCACUAUCUUUAAUAAGAUGCAGCAGAUGGAGGAGAAGAGAAUCCGGAAACUGGCGGAAGGAUACAGCCUGCUGGCCGAGACCGAGAGAAAUACUCUACCUUCAGUCAGCCAGAGCCUGGAGAAAAUCAUCACACACUGCAGCAGCAGCAACGAGAAACAGGACUCACUGAUUGUGGUGGAACAGUUUAAAUCAGGUCUGUUUCCUCCAGCUGAUGUAGAGUUUGAGGAUUUCAGUCAGGGAGUCAGAUCUGCAGGUGUGGAGAACACACACCACACUCCCAAAGUCCGCAUCAAACAACUGUUCAAGAAGAAGGGUGUGGCUCUCGACAGAAACAUUGUGCACCUUCCGUUGGAGGAUUUCUCUCACUUGCCCUCAGACCAGAGAAAGAAACGCCUUCAGGAGAAAAUUGACGAAGUCAAUAAAGAGCUGCAGAAAGAGACAGACCGGAGUGAGGGUCUGAAUAAGAUGAAGCGAGUGUACGAGCAGAACAAUCAGCUGGGAGAUCCAGCCAGUCUGGAGCCUCAGAUCAUCCAAACCACACAGAACAUCAACCGACUGAAAGGAGAUCUCACCAGAUACCAGGUGUGGCUGACUGAGUCGGGAGGCGGCUUUACACAGGACAACAACCCAGCCAGUCCAUAUUACCUUACUAUAACUCCAACGUUCCCGAGUCCUCCUGACCUGGUAGAAAGCCAGUUCCACAACAGUUUUGAUGAAGACUUUGAUGAAGAUGUACCCAUCGCUCAGUGUCUCGCUCUCUACGACUUUAACGGUGUGAGAGAAGGGGAAGUGAGCAUGGAGGCCGGGGAGCAUCUCACUGUGUUGGACGAGGACUCCGGAGACGGAUGGGUGCGCGUGAAGAAGACGAGCGGAAACAUCGGCUACGUUCCUGCGUCCUACAUCCAGAUCAACUGACCGAGCUGCAGACGUCUCUCUCCUGCUGCUGCUGAUGAUGUAGAUAUCUGAGUGUAAAUAUGGACACACUGGGGCACUGAGGCUUCCAGUUCAGCUGCUGAAUCAUCACCACUCCACCACUCCACACACACACACACACACACACACAUACACGCACACUCACACACAUACACACACACAUACACGCACACUCACACACAUACACACACACACACACAUACACGCACACAUACACACAUACACGCACACACAGACACACACAUACACACAUACACGCACACUCACACACAUACACACACACACAGACACACAUACACACAUACACUCACACACAUACACACUCACACAUACACACACACAGACACGCGCACACACAUACACACACGCACACACAUACACACGCGCGCACACACACACAUACACGCACACAUACACACUCACACAUACACGCACAUACACUCACACACAAAUACACACUCACACAUACACUCACACACAUACACUCACACACACACAAAUACACGCACACAUACACACACACAUACACACACACACACACAUACACGCACACACACACACACAUACACGCACACACACACACACUCACACAUACACGCACACAUACACGCACACUCACACGCACACAUACACGCACACAUACACACACAUACACGCACACAUACACGCACACUCACACGCACACAUACACGCACAUACACGCACACUCACACACACACACACAUACACACACACAUACACGCACACACAUACACGCACACUCACACACACACAUACACGCACACACACACACAUACACGCACACUCACAUGCACACAUACACGCACACUCACACACACACAUACACGCACACUCACACGCACACACGCACACUCACACACACACACAUACACGCACACAUACACGCACACUCACACGCACACUCACACGCACACAUACACGCACACUCACACGCACACAUACACGCACACUCACACGCACACAUACACGCACAUACACGCACACUCACACAUACACACACACAUACACGCACACACAUACACGCACACUCACACACACACAUACACGCACACACACACACAUACACGCACACUCACACGCACACACACACACACAUACACGCACACUCACACACACACAUACACGCACACACACACACAUACACGCACACUCACACGCACACAUACACACACACACAGGACAUUCACCUCAGCAACCAUUUUUUAUAAAAGUGAUGAAAAUAACGCUGUUUAAAAGCAAUAUACAACACAAACAUCAAGAUUUAAAAAAAUAAACAAUAAAAUAUUAAUGAUUCUAUUAUCAUUUGAAAAGAUUCUGAGUGUGUGAUGAUUUAGCUCUAAAGACUCCAAAUGAAUAAAAUGAAAAAAAAAAAAAUCCAGAAAGACAUGAAUGAGUUAAAUUCCCUUUUUUUAUUAUUACAUUCCCAUUAUCUUGUUAUCUCGUUAUCUCAUGUUCAUUGGGUUUAUCGGUGUAACUGAGGAACAUUAUUAUCAUAAAGCAGGCACUUUAACACCAGAACAAGGCACUGAUGGCUGAAAUACAAAAUAUUCAUAAAAAAGAUUUUCAAAAUAAAAGCCAGACACAGGAAGUGUUCAGGCUGAAAAAUAGAAAAUAAAACAAUGCAUGCAGAAGACAAUGAUAAAACUGAACUAUAUAUAACUUAUAUAACUACUGAAGUGUAGAUAUGAAAGCAAUAAUAUAAAGUGAAAUCUCUUCCGACGCUCCAACAUCAUCGCUAAGCUAACUUCCUGUUUAAAGCAAUAAACACAUGGCGGUUAAAUGUGAGUUAACAAAUCACAACAACACUGUGAGGGUCACAGAGAGCAGAGCUAACUAACUAACGCUAGCCAGCAAGUUUACACGCACGUUUAGCUCUGGUAGCUAGCUGAUGAUUGCUAGUUAACUGACUGACGUUAGUGCAUGACUGGUGUGUGUAUGUUAGCUAACAGAUAUUUGCAUCAGGUAUAAAGCCAUGUUCUGUAGCUGCAGCUUUAACGACAAAACACUAUUUUAACGAAUCACACAGUCGGAUCUAAUCGAUAUUUUGUAAAAAGCUCACACACUUGGCCCCGCCCCCUGCUCUCUCUCUCUUUAGCUCUAGCUGUACAUGUAGCUGAUGAAUUUAUACGUAACGUCCCGCUGAAGAGAUCAGAUCGGUUUCGUUGCUGUAAUGCGUCAUAUUGCACUCGCAAAACGGAUUCCAUUCUAAACUAAUUCUGUAAUUAACUACAUUUUAAUCUCCUCGACACACUCUCUUGCAUCAUUUUGCAGGGACUGAAACCCUGAGCUAACGUCUUUCUCAGCGUAGCUGUGCAUCAAAGUGCAUAGAGAUACAAACAAACACGAAAUGCAAAGCUUUAAAUCUGUAGUAAAGACUCUUGAACAUAAAGGAGUGUUGUAAUCAAGGCACUGUUCCAGUUUGGGUCCCUCGUUAGUGUUAGUAUGUUAGCAAACACAUUCCAUUAGCGAAUAUGCUACAGCUGAUUAUUAGCACAAAGCUUAUUCAAAUGAAUCCCAGCACCUUUUUCAGCUAAGUGUUAAUGAUAUCUGUAAACAUUUUCUUUAAGGCACAUUAGCGACAUACUGAUCAAAUAUAACUGCCUUCUUUAUAAAAUACUGUGAAUAAAUGAAUUAUAAAACACUUCAAUUAAACAUAAAACAGAGGUUUUUUCCACACACACUUCAUUACUGGGUGUAAGAUGUUACUGUGUUGAACAAUGUGGCUCUUAUUUAACUAUUAAACCAUGCUAAAGUUAAACAUA